AUGGCGCAGAAACGGCAUCUCGAGGAGGAAAAAGGAAAGGGAGGGAUGGGGUACGAUGGCUGCAGCCCCGGAGAGAAGAGACAGAAGGUCCCCGAUCUCGGAAGGUGAGAUUGGCGCGCAGGGCGGAUGGUGCUCUGUUUGCUUGCCACUCAUUAUUUUAUUCCGCAAAUAGGGAUCGGUGCCGCCAAGAUCGAAUCUAUUCUGAUUUGUGUAGCGGGGAUUGGCCAUCCCCGGGGAUCAUGGGGAGGUAUUUUAUUGGAAAUUGAACUGGAUUCUGUUUAUUCUAUGAGAUAAGCUGUUUUUAUCUGCAUGCGACAAGUGAAACGGGUGUGGGCUGAAAUAGCGUGGGUUUCAUGUCUGUCGGAGGAGGAUGUGGAAGGAUUUUCCUUCUUGCGCGCCUUUUUGGGAUUUUUUCCAAGAAAAAAUCACGAAGGGAAUUAUUAUUCCCUUACCCUCUGCUUUUAGGAUUGAGGUCGCGUUGACUUGGUGUAUCUGACUGUGUUUUCUUCUCUCAAUUCACUUCCCAGUGUCAUAGUAGAAGUGAUGAAGAUGAACGCGCUGCAGAAAUUGCUCUCGGUGAUAGAACCCCAGCUUCGAAGAGUUGUAAGUGCACAUCGUCUCAGAAACCCAUUUUCCUUCCAGAUGAUGAACUUCUGUUGCUUGUUAUGGAGGGGUCUGGCUUCUUCGCAAGUUCAACUUGCUUGGUUACCAAUUCUGAUAUAAUCAGCUUGACUUCACGCCGAUGUACCCCCUUUCAGUAGCAUAGCUUUGAGAAAUGAUUCUGACGGUUUCUGCGAACUGAUGCAAAUAUCAGCUGGCAGAGAGAGGGAGGGAGGGAGAGAGAGAGAGAGAGAGAGAGAGAGAGAGUUGGAUUGUUGGAUAGAUAGAGAGAAGUACAGGCAGAGGCAUCCUGCGAAUGGUGGAUGAUAUUAUUAUUAUUAUUAUUUCUGCUUUGUAUUUUGCGGCAGAAGCAGAGGAAGUGAACCUUGACCUUAAAGUUUGUCUAUCUCCCCUGAUUUCAUGUCAAAAAGUUGGUUUCGUCGCCUUAGCUAUUCUCACCCACCUUAUUUUCAGACAAACUACUCGAAUGAACAAUUCCCAGAUUAAUCAACCCAUUCUCCAUAGAUUUCUUCUGUAAAGAACCCAUGAUGAAUUCCCAUGGCUAGUUGAAGGUUUUCUCUGAGUCUGUGGGAGAAUGAACUCAAUUUUAUCAGCCAAGGGUAUUGGAGAGCUCAGGACUGUUCAUUCUAUGGGAGAAUGAACUCAAUUUUAUCAGCCAAGGGUAUUGGAGGAUUUGGGUGCUUUUCUUUAAAUGGGUGGAAACCUAACUAUUUCCAUAAUGGUCUAAAUUCAGAUUAAUUGAUAUCCAAUCCAAAUGAGCUCAACACAGGUAAUCUUUGGAAAACGGUGUUUUUUUCAACAAUCUUCUGAAACCAGAUUGACGGAACCAAUGGAGAUAAAUAAAAUAGUGAGGAAUGGAGAGUGGAAGAAAGAGGAGUAUACAAAUGUCAGACCCCAAAGUUUUAUUUACAAAGGUAGUCAGAUCCUUUCUCAUGAAUUUUUAGUACGAAUAACAUCCAAUGAGUAUUUUUAAAAAAGCAAUUAUGUGAUUUUACGUUCAUUAGCAUCUCCUUUAUGCCAUACAAGUGUGGAACGCUGAAGGAGCAACAUUUUUCUCAGGUGAAAGAAGAAGUAGAGAUGGCAUUGGCUAAGCACUUGGCUACCAUGAAACGGUGAGAACUCAGAGAAUGUAGCCUGGCUGCCAUUUAAUUUAGCUUUUACGGUUGCUCCAUGGUCUCUUAAAAGCUUGUUUUUCCUUUGAUAAUCAUACAGGCAAUGUGGAAAACAAAUAUAUCCAUCGUCCUCAAGAAGCUUGCAGCUGCAAUUUGUCAGCAAGCUCUCUCUGCCCAUAUUUACUGGGACGAAGAUCGAAGGCGAGGAUUGCUCUGGAAUAAGCUUAGCUCUGGUCGACACCUUGACCAGGAAAAUAGUUGUGUCGGGCCCGGAGUCUUUGAUGAAGGUGGAAAUAGUUGUUCUGGAAGGGGAUUUCGAGGUGGAAGAAGAGAUCUGGACGUUUGAUGAGUUUAAGAGCAACAUCGUCAAGGAAAGAGAGGGCAAGCGUCCCCUGCUCUCGGGGGACGUGUUUCUGGAUCUCACUGAGGGGACUGGCGUGCUAGGGGAGCUCGCCUUCACGGACAAUUCAAGCUGGACGAGGAGCCGAAAGUUCCGACUUGGGGCCAGAGUUGAGGAUGGCUACUUCAAUGGAAUCCGCAUCAGGGAAGCCAAAACCGAGCCCUUCAUGGUCAAAGAUCAUCGUGGCGAAUGUGAGUUCCUCGUUGAUCAUACAUACAUACACAUGCAAACACAUCAAUUCAUGUUAUCUUCAUCACCAUCAUCAUCAUCAUCAUCAUCAUCAUCAUCAUGAUCUCAAGAAUAUUUGCAUCUGCGUAUAUGAUUUCAGUCUAAGCAGGGGGUGUAUGAGAUGAAAUGGAAAAUGGCGUGUAUUCUUCAUAGUUUUUGGUUGCGGGCAGGUGGAUGAGAUUGUCGUGAAUUGAAGAAUUUGAGAAUAUGCUUGCUUGCAGUGUACAAGAAACACUACCCGCCGUCCCUCGCCGACGAGGUCUGGCGGCUGGAGAAGAUUGGCAAGGACGGCGCGUUCCACAAGCGCCUCGGCAGCGAGAACAUCAACACGGUGAAGGAUUUCCUCACGAUGCUGCACCUCGACACUCAGCGGCUCAGAAACGUAUGGCCCCAGCCCUCCUCUUCCUUCCCGUCAGUUCGUGAUUCUUUCAUCGCCCGCCGGUAGAAAGAGACCAAAGCUUUGCUCUUCUUCGUCUUGCUAACUCUGGGCUGUGAAUGAAAAUUUAUCAAAUUGCAACUUUCUGCAGAUUUUGGGCACCGGUAUGUCUGCGAAGAUGUGGGAGGUUACCGUAGAGCACGCGAGGACCUGCGUGCUCGGCAGCCAAGUGUACACCUACUACCCGGGUAGGCAGCAGAAGACGGGUGUGGCGUUUAAUAUCGUCGGCGAGGUCGUCGGCGUCGUCUCCGACGGGCAGUACGUCCCCGCCGGCGAGCUCUCUGAAGCCCAGAAGGCAAGCCUUCUUUUUCUUUUUCUUCUUCUUCUUCUUCUUCGUCUUCUUCUUCGGUAGAAUGCCGUCGUCUCUGAAACUCACGGGGCCGGGGGUGGCUUGUUUCAGGCAGAUUCCCACAAGCUCGUGAAGGCGGCGUAUGAGCACUGGGAGGAGGUCUCCCUGUGUGACGGCGGCGCCGCCACCGGCGGCUCCUCCCACGCCUCCUCCGUCUCCUACACCGCCGGCGGGCAGCCCCUGGUGGAGAGCUUCUACCACGAGUUCUCCGGCUCCUGCCGCACCGACGGCUUCGGCUUCGCCCACCCCACCAUCUCCUCCCCGGAGAUGAUCUCCUCCGUCCUCCCCACGGCGGCGCGCCGGCGGAGCUUCGACGCCGCCGCCGCCUCCGUCCUCCAAGCCAUGGACAGCAUCGAGUCCCGGUACGACCCCGGCUUCCUCAGCCACGGCCUCUACGCCGACUCCGGCGACCUAUUCCCCACCUCCCUCAUCUUCGACGGCGAGUCCACCAGCCAGCCCCUCUUCGCCGGCGACGGCGACGACCAGCUCCACUAUUUCGACGCCGACGCUCCGCUGCUCGCCGGCGGCGGCCUCCGCCCCGAUUCCCCCGCCGACCUCGGCAGCGCCGUCACCGGCUUCCUCGCCGCCGCCGCCGCCCGCGGGAAGGUCAACCGCAGCUGGAGGACCCUCAUCUCCGUCCUCAAGUGGCGCUUCUCCAUCAAGAGGAUCGUCUCUCUGAGAAGGAAGGAUAGAUUCGGUGUAGGAAACCCUCCGCAGAGAGACUUACCACGAGGAUGA